AGUCCGAGUCCGUGGCGUUCAGUGUGUCACUCUCUCUUGGGGGCUGCAGCGCAACGGUCGCACGAAAAGAGCUCCCACUUGAGAUUUAGAUUCAGAUUCAGAUACUGAUUCGGAUUCAGAUUCAGAUUCGGUUGCGGUUGUGGUACCUAAGAUCGGGCUGCAAGUCAACAGUUGCCAGGAGCGGAAACCGGAACAGUGCGGCGAAUUAAACAUUAAAGUGGCAGCAAGCGAUCAAAGCAGGCGCUCCGACUCCGACUGCGUGGGAGUACGAGAUCACGGAUCGCGGCGAGGAGCCAGUGCAUCCGAAAGUGUUUCCAUUACCAUUGCAAUCGCUUCAGAUGGGCAGCAUGCAAGUGGCGCUGCUGGCGCUCCUUCUUCUCGGCCAGCUAUACUCAAGCGCCGUGGCCAAUGGAUCCUCCUCCUACACCUCCACCUCCACCUCCACAUCCGCAUCGAAUCAGCUGCAGCGACAGAAGCUGGCGCACUGGUUCCGGGAUAGUAACGAUGUCAAGGAUAAGAUUCUGGAGCUGCAGUGCCUGGCCAAGUGUGGCAGUAAUCCCACAACCAGAGCUGGACGCGAACAGUGCCUGAACAAGUGCAUCCAGGAGCUUUUGCUGGGACCCAGGGCGGGCAGUUGCCCCAAAAUUGGAAGGCAAUCGCGUGCCAGGCUCUCCUGCCUGGACAACUGUCAGUACGAUCAUGAAUGCCCCGAGGUGCAGAAGUGUUGUCCCUCCAGUUGCGGUCCCAUGUGCGUUGAACCUCUUGGCGUUAGGAACAACACGCAGCUCCCGCCCAUACCGAAGAUCCUGUACUUCAGGAGGUCACGUGGUCACGCUGUCGAUCUGAAGAUCGAGUCCUCGCUACUGGUCUACUACUUCCACGUGGAGGUGCGGUCCCACAUAGGAAGGCAUUUCGCUGCCAGAAAACUGGGGCCUUGGCAAUGGCAGAAGGUGGAGAAGACCAUGGAGGAGAACAUCGGACACAGCAAGCACACGUACAUAUUCUUUCAUAUGCGACCUGGUCGCUGGUAUGAGGUUCGAGUGGCAGCCGUGAACGCCUACGGGUUCCGAGGAUAUUCCGAGCCCAGCGAUCCCUUUCCCUCGACGGGCAACCCAAAGCCUCCAAAGAAGCCGAACGAUUCGAAGAUCAUCGCCAAGCAGUUCGAUGGGCGCUACAUGACCCUUAAGCUGGUGUGGUGCCCCUCCAAGUCCAAUCUGCCUGUCGAGAAGUACAAGAUCACCUGGUCCUUGUACGUAAACAGCGCCAAGGCCUCGAUGAUCACCAACAGCUCCUACGUGAAGGAUACCCACCAAUACGAGAUCAAGGAACUGCUGCCCAACUCCUCGUACUACAUCCAGGUGCAGGCCAUCUCCUAUCUGGGUUCGCGUCGCCUCAAGUCCGACCAGCUAUCGAUGCUGUUCAACACGACGCUGCAGCCGCUGGAGCCAAUCACACCGCUCCAGUGUUCCGGGAAUGGCAAUAGGCGCCGGCAUCAUCACAUUAGCAGCUCCAUAAGCUCGGAAUGGGCCACAACCUCGGAGCCAGUUGACCUCAAUGAAGUUUCGCCCACCAUUACAAACCGGACUGCGGCCGCCGCCACGUAUGAAGUGGGUUUCCGGUUGAACCGGAAGUUUGGCAUGAUUGUGCAGAUUCUGGGCUUCCAGCCACACAAGGAGAAGGUCUAUGAACUGUGUCCCCAGGAGACGAACUGCGAGCAGCGAGAGUUCCGCGCGAUUCGCGCCAAAAAGGACCCGCUCGAGUUCAGCAAGCUCAAGUACAACACCACAUAUGUGCUGAGGAUUCCCCGAUCCAGUCCCAAUGCUGUGCUGGACGACUCUAGAAACGUCUUUACCUUCACCACGCCUAAAUGCGAAAAUUUCCGCAAGAGAUUUCCCAAGCUGCAGAUCAAGUGCAGCGAUUAGCCUUCUGUGUACGGGCUCAACGCACUGCUGACCAUGAGAUUACAUUAGAAUGUAUAUAAUUGUAUGUAAAACUUAACUUUUACUUAUUAUUAGGCCUAAGAACAAGCAACAACAAGCU